UUGAACCUUGUCCACAAGAAUAACAAUAACUGCAGAAGCUCCGUCCGAAUCGUCCGAAUCCCAGCAUCAAAACAUAAGGCGAUCCACCUCAAGGCCAAAGGAUCGUUCGUCAAGGUUGGAUUGAUUGAAGCCCGCCGAGCCAUGACUUCAUCGGCCAAUCUUCGAGCUUUUGAGCUAUGUCCCAUCCUGGAUCGGACCCAUCUGGACGCUCAAGUGCUGGUUGAGUGCGUGGAAUUGAGCGGGGAAUGGCUUUUCUUGGGCACCUCAGAUGGACGCCUUCUGCAAUUCUUGCUCCACGAGGAUCAUCCUGCGGAGGAGACCCUAGAUCCACGGGUUCAAAUUCGGGCUCAGAUAGUGGCUGAGAAGAAGAUCUCGCAGACACAUCAAUCCGUGUCGUUCAUCCGCUGCGUUUCGGCAUUGAAUCGAGUCUUGGUCAUUUGCGAUUCGCAAUUCAUUGUACUGUCCAUGUCGGAUGACUUAGUGUCUUUGCCAUUAGCUGGCGCUAACAAGCUAAAAGGCGUUCAUGCGGCUUAUAUCAACGAAAACCCAGCCCGUGAUGACCCGUUUAGCGUACAGGUUUGCUUGGCUAAGAAGAAGCAGGUCAUCGUGGUGACGUUAAGCGAGGAGAAGUUGGUGGUGGACAAAAUUCGGGAGAUGCCGGAUCUCGUUUCGGAUGUGGUCAUGGAUGGCCUCUUUGUAUGCGCCGCCCUCCAAAGCCAUUACGUCAUUUGUCACAUUGAGAGUGGCCUGAUUCAAGACCUGUUUCCUUUUGAAGGCGUACCCGCCUUGUGUCGAGUGGCCAAGGAGGAAUUCCUAUUGAGCGCCCCAGGGGAUCUAGGCAUGUUCGUCACCUCGGCCGGAGUAUCAGAGAGACCUCCUCUGCCUUGGGCCAAACCCGUGGUCAGAUUGGUCUUCAAGGCCCCAUACAUCAUCUCGCUUUGUUCUGAUGGGAUUGUGGCGUACAGCAUCACGGAUCAGCAACAGAAGCAAUCCUUGCAUUUCUCCGGAGGACGUGUUCUCGGCAAUUUCGACGGAAAAAUCCUGGUCUCAUCAGCCUCGUCCUUGUAUGCCAUCGUGCCCAUUCCAGCCGAAAUUCAAAUCAAGAGUUUACUAGAACAUGGUUUAGUGGAUCAGGCCUUGGAAUUGGCGGAGAACUUCCAACACCGAGGACGCUCUUCCCGCGAGCAGUUCCAAGUUGUUCUCAAUGACGUUCGCCAAAGGGCGGGAUUUGUUUGCCUCAAAAAAUUCGACUUCGAUCGAGCUCGAGAGCUAUUUAUUCGAGGUCAAUUGAACCCUCAAGAGUUGAUUUCGCUUUUCCCCGACAUUUCAUCAGGGAAAUAUGUGACAAUUCAGCCGCCACUCCAUGACUUCCAAUCCAUCCAAGACAUCACCAAUGGAAAUCCUGAUCAAGAGAAGAGCCUCAAUUCGUUCCUCGAGGAUUUUUUGCAAUACCUUCGAGCUUCAGAAGGCGAACAUUUCCCUUUCAAAAACAUCGUGGAUACUGCCAUAAUUAAACUGGUGGCCGCUGACGAGCCUCGGAAGACUCUGGAUCAUAUCUCGAGCUCGGAUUUUCAAGGCGAGUUUGAAGAUUUGAAGGCUCCCUUGGAAAGCCACCAAAGAUUCCACGCCCUGGCUUUACUCCACGAAAAACAUCGAAAUUGGAGUGAGGCUCUCUCCAUCUGGGCUUCUCUGGCUCAAAAUGAAAUCCAAGAUGAUCUCUUUCCCGGGCUUAGCUUGUUCCUUCAGAAAAUAGUUCGAGCCCCCGAUGAAUUGCUUUGGAGGUACGGAGACUUAGCCCUAGAGCUCGAUCAGGACAAAGCCAUCGAUGUUUUCAUCCAGAAGCUCAAAUCCGGUGAUGUGGUUAUGGAGGAGAAAGCCUUGAACUUCUUGGACAAAUAUCCCGAUGCCCAUUUGAAGCUCCUGGAGCAUUUAGUAUUAGAAAAAGAGUCGCAGACGGAAAAAUUCCACACCCUCCUGGCCACCAAGUAUCUGGAGCGUUUGAGCUCCCUCGAUCUUCAAGACCAAUUGGCCCUCCCAAUCCGGGCCCAGUUUCAGGCCUUCAUUGUCCAGUCAAAUCUGAUCAAGCCUGCCCAUUUAAUGUCCAGACUCGAGUCGACCGAUCUUCACCAGGAAAAAGCCAUUCUCUAUGGCAAAAUGGGCAAUCACGAGAAAGCAUUAAAGAUUAUGGUGCAUAAUUUAGACGAUCCUCAAGCCGGUGAAUCCUAUUGCGAUCAAAUCGCUCCCAAGAAAGAUUCCAAACUGAAGAAGAGAUUGCUCCUAAGUCUGAUCAAAGUCUUCUUGGAUCCCGAACUCUCACCCGAGAAGAAACUUCCUCUGGAAUCGGCCUUGGUGGAUUUGCUGAACCGAAGAUCAAGUGAAAUGAAUCCCCUUGAUGUGUUACCUCUCAUUCCACCUUCGUGGUCAUUGGCCACCAUUCUACCAGCUUUAACCGAUAUGAUCGCCACACUUGGGCAUGAAAAACGCAUGACUCAGGUGGAGGCAAACUUAUCGAUUGGUCACAAUGUCAAUACGGCACUGGAUUAUUAUUUCGCCACCAGAAAGCCCAUCGAAAUGGCCGAGAGCAGUUACUGUAUGGUGACCUCGAAACAAUUUCGAGAGCCCGUGUUCGUUCGAUAUCCCAAUGGAAUCAUUGUCAACCCGGAUCAAGCCAAAAAUUUGAGCGUCUGCCCAAUCACGGGUCAGGUGUUCAAGCCCAUCAAAGGAACGUAAGCCCGUGGAGGUAGCAAAUCAUGUUCCGAGUUGUAUUGUCAGAUCAAGGGACAAUGUUAUAUACUCGUUGCGUUUAAUAAAGUACACCUGCUUAUGAGUAGCUUCA